AUGUCUUUCACCACAGCCAUCAAGUCUAGUCUCGACGGCCCUUCUGUUGCAUUUGGCUUCUGGCUCACACUCCCCAGUGCCGGUGUUGCGAAGACUAUUUUGCAUGGUGCUUCUGGGUCUACCACCAAGUUUAGCUGGGUUUUGGUUGAUGCUGAGCAUGGUUUGAUUUCUGACCACCACUACUAUGAGCUUAACAAUGCCAUUGGCUCUGAAGGCGCUAGUCCCAUUAUCCGUGUUCCACAAGCAGAGGAAUGGAUGAUCAAGCGGGCCCUAGACGCCGGUGCACAUGGUAUCAUGACACCCAUGUGUCACUCAGAGGUUGACGCCGCUAAAAUCGUCAAGUACUCCAAGUACCCUCCACUUGGCACACGAGGUUACGGACCCAUGUUCGCCCCACACUCAUUCCCCGGAUUGAACCCUGGUCCCGAUCACGAUGACGGUGCUAAUAAUGGUAUCACCGUGGCCGUUCAAAUUGAGUCCCGAUCUGGUGUUGAGAACGUGGAGAAAAUCGCCGCUGUCCCUGGUAUCGAUGUGCUUUUCAUUGGACCGUUUGACCUUGCCAAGCAGAUGGGAGUUACUCGCUGCGGCGAGGAGCACGAAAGUGCCAUUCAACGAAUCCUAGCUGCAGCUCAUGCAUCUGGAAAAAAGGCGGCUAUCUUCUGUACCGACGGCAAUGAUGCGCGAGUCCGUGCCGAACAGGGCUUUGAUAUGAUUUCUGUCAACACUGAUGUCGGUGUAUUCCGCACUGGAAUGCUUAAUGAGUUAAAGACUGCUAAUGGCGAAAACGUCCUUGGCGGUGCUCGGGAUGGUUACUAA